CUUCAUUAACCAAACUAACGAAGACGCACAAUAGAAAAUCUGUGUGUUAGACAAGCCUUCAACCCCUUACUGCACGUUCUCUAUAGAUUUGAUAAUUGUGUUAUCGCAAGCUCAAAUCAGCACAUUUUGCUUACACCCCCAUUGAAGAUUAAGAGAAAUGGGAAGCACGGGUGCUCUGAUCAACAAUCUACAACUAAAAAAUAACACCCUUUGCUUCAAAUGCUUACAUUCGACCCCGAUUCCUAAAACUACUUUGCAUAUCAACCCCAGAAAACCCAAGCUGUUGAGCUUCUCAAAUAAAAAGAAUUUGAAGAAAUUUACAAGGAUAGUUUGCUCUGCGGUUGAAGAUGCCACCGAGAAGCAGCAAGAAUUGAGUAGUGGCAGUCCCAAUGGAGCUGGCUUAGUUGUUGAAGAUAGACAGGAUUCCAGUGAUAGUCCAAAAAGUCGUCUUCAGAACAGCGAUACAGAUGACGAUGGGAAUCCUAUUUACAAUUUUCUUUAUCCUCGUAAAGAGCUCCUUCCUGAUGAUAAAGAAAUGAGCAUAUAUGAUCAUUUAGAGGAGUUGAGGCAGAGACUUUUCACGUCAGUUUUGGCCAUUGGAGCAGCUAUGCUUGGUUGUUUUGCAUUCUCAAAGGAACUCAUUAUAUUUCUCGAAGCUCCAGUUAGUGCACAAGGUGUUCGGUUUUUACAACUAGCUCCUGGAGAGUUUUUCUUCACAUCUCUAAAGGUUUCAGGAUACUGUGGCCUCCUAUUAGGAAGCCCAGUGAUCCUCUAUGAGAUGAUAUCAUUUGUUCUUCCAGGCUUAACAAAAGAAGAGAGAAGAUUCCUGGGGCCAGUUGUCCUAGGGUCCUCAGUUCUUUUCUAUGCAGGCCUAAUCUUCUCUUAUUAUGUUCUAACUCCAGCAGCCUUGACAUUUUUUGUUAGUUAUGCGGAAGGGGUUGUUGAAUCACUGUGGUCUAUUGAUCAGUACUUUGAGUUUGUCCUUGUGCUCGUGUUUAGCACCGGAUUAUCUUUCCUGGUUCCAGUAAUACAACUGCUGCUUGGACAACUCGGCUUAGUGUCGUCAGAACAGAUGCUAUCUGUUUGGAGAUAUGUCGUGGUAGGGGCAGUGAUUGCUGCUGCUAUUCUCACACCAUCGACAGAUCCUCUUACUCAACUGCUUCUGGCUGGCCCCCUUAUGGGUCUUUAUUUGGGUGGAGCAUGGGCAGUAAAGCUUCUUGGCCGAUGAUUUACUUUACAAUCGUUGCUUUGCUACCCAAAUUUGCCGAAAAUUUUUAUGUUGUAGGCAAUUUAUAUGAAACUUGAAAUGGAUGUUUUUCCAUUAGCGAUAAUGUUGCAUUUAUGCCUGGUAGUGUCAACUUUAUUAAUGAUAGAUAUGUUUACUAGUUGGUUGGAAAAAGGCAAUGUAAUUAGAACCGCCCUAGCCUGACGCUUCCAGUUUUGAAACUUUUAUAUAA